ACAGACGAAAUAACUAAAUUGCAGUUAUAUCAAAAUGUUCUUAUCUGUUAGAAAGGAAAAAUAAAAACACAGAUACUGACAAGAAAUGGACUGACCAUGGAGAUUUUUUAUGAGACUUGGUCAUAUCACACGUCAGGGAAAUGUGGGUCUGAAACAAUGCAAAGAGGAAGUGUUCGUGAGGACAGUUCUGCGCCCACUAGGACAUUCUCAUUAAAUCCUGUGUGUUUCUUGGUCUUCUAUUGAGUCUUUCAGUUGACGUUGACGUGAGAGCAGUAACCCAACUCUCAAAUGUGGACAUGCCCAAGUUGUGAAUAAAAACUGGGAACUCCUAGUUAAUAAGCUUUCUGUAUGGCACCCAGUCAGCCUUUCAGUCCUGAAGUUGAUUUUUCACCCCAAUCCUCUUGAAACUGCGAAAAAACUCUGAAUUUUUCGCAUGCCUUACAUACCGUUAUAGAAGCAAUGAAAGCCUUCGAAACACAGAGAAGAUAUUGGUAUAUUGUGAGACAUAAAAGAAUUGUGCUAUUUAGAGAGCCAUCAAAAUGACGGUGAAUUGUCUUAAAGCUCUGGAGAAAACAAGUGCUUAAAAAGAACACAGGGUGGCGCUGCAGCCUCAUAAGUAGAAGAAACCGAGACCAGCCAACCAUCCAGGAACCAGACGCUGAAGGGAGGAGGAAGGAGGGGAGGCCUUCUAAGGCAGCCGUUCUGCAAAGUCUUGGGCCUGGGGAUUGUGGAUUUAUCCCAUUGUCUGCAAGAUAUUUGCAGAGCAAGUCAGUGACGACGUGAACCACGGCUGGAGCGAGUUUGUUGGGAGACCAGAAGGCGAUGGAGGCUGCAGAGGAAAUGGAGCGAGUCCUGAAAAAAAGGCAAGUCCUGCUGUUCUUUGUUUUGCUGGGCAUAGCUCAGGCUGGGUCCACUCUUAGGCGCUACUCAGUGGAGGAGGAAGCGGAGAAUGGCUUUUUUGUGGCCAAUUUGUUAAAGGACCUGGGGCUAGAGGUAGAUGAACUUGCUGCGCGGGGACCACGAGUCAUUUCCAAAGGGAAAAAAUUGAACUUAGAGUUCAACAGGCAGACCGGGGAUUUGUUAUUAAGGGAGAAACUGGACCGGGAGGAGCUGUGCGGCCCCGCCGAACCCUGUGUGGUACCUUUCCAGGUGUUACUGGGAAAUCCUUUGCAGAUUUUUCAGGCUGAGCUACAGAUUAGGGACAUAAAUGAUCAUUCUCCUGUUUUUCUGGACAAAGAAAUAAUUUUGAAAAUUUCAGAAAUGACUGCUUCCGGAACCACUUUCCUAAUAGAACGGGCUCAAGACUUAGAUGUAGGAAGCAACAGUCUCCAAACUUACACAAUCAGCCCCAAUUUCUAUUUUCAUCUUAAAUUACAAGACAGUCCCGAUGGCACGGUAUUGCCACAGCUGGUUCUGGACAGAGUGCUGGAUCGGGAGGAACAAUCUGAAAUCAGAUUAAUACUCACAGCGAUAGAUGGUGGGAGUCCACCCAGGUCUGGCACCGCCCUGGUCCUUAUUGAAGUCUUGGACAUCAAUGACAAUGCCCCCACAUUUUCAAAGUUUCGCUAUGAGGUCCAGGUCCCAGAGAACAGUCCUGUUGGAUCCCAGGUUGCUACAGUCUCUGCUAGGGAUUUAGACAUUGGGAACUACGGAAAAAUAGCUUAUGCUUUUUCCCAAGCUUCUGAAGACAUUCGGAAAACAUUUAGAAUGAAUGGAACAUCUGGAGAAAUCCUUUUAGCAACAACACUGGAUUUCGAAUCCAUCCAAACAUAUACAGUGUAUGUUCAGGCUACAGAUGGUGGGGGACUUUCUGGAAGCAGUGUGGUGUUUGUUCAAGUGAUGGAUUUGAAUGACAACCCACCGGAACUGACUAUGUCCACACUUACCAAUCACAUCCCAGAAAACUCCCCGGAAACCGUAAUUGCUGUGUUCAGUGUUGCAGAUCCUGACUCUGGAGACAACGGAAAAAUGCUGUGCUCCAUCCCAGAGGAUCUUCCUUUUAUUCUAAAACCCUCAGUUGAGAACUUCUACACUCUUAUGACAAACACAGCCCUGGACCGGGAGACCAGAUCACAGUACAACAUCACCAUUACCAUCACUGAUCUGGGCACACCCAGGCUCACAACCCAGCACACCAUAACAGUGCAGGUGUCCGAUGUCAAUGACAAUGCUCCAGCCUUCACACAAACCUCCUACACCCUGUUUGUCCAGGAGAACAACAGCCCCGCCCUGCACAUAGGCACCAUCAGUGCCACAGACUCAGACUCAGGCUCCAAUGCCCACAUCACCUACUCUCUGCUACCCACCCACGACCCGCAGCUGGCCCUCGACUCGCUCAUCUCCAUCAACGCAGAAAACGGGCAGUUGUUUGCGCUCAGGGCACUGGACUAUGAGGCUCUGCAGACCUUCAAGUUCCAGGUGGGCGCCACAGACCAAGGCUCUCCUGCGCUCAGCAGCCAGGCGCUGGUGCGAGUGCUGGUGCUGGACGCCAACGACAAUGCGCCCUUCGUGCUCCACCCGCUGCAGAACGCCUCUGCACCCUGCACAGAGCUGCUGCCCAGGGCGGCAGAGCCAGGCUACCUGGUCACCAAGGUGGUGGCAGUGGACCGAGACUCUGGACAGAACGCCUGGCUGUCAUUCCAGCUGCUCAAGGCCACAGAGCCCGGGCUGUUCAGCGUGUGGGCUCACAAUGGUGAGGUGCGCACCUCCAGGCUGCUGAGUGAGCGCGAUGCUCCCAAGCACAGGCUGCUGCUGCUGGUCAAGGACAAUGGAGAUCCUCCAAGGUCUGCCAGUGUCACUCUGCAUGUGCUGCUGGUGGAUGGCUUCUCUCAGCCCUACCUGCCUCUGCCAGAGGUGGCGCGCGACCCCGCCCAGGAUGAGGACGCGCUCACACUGUACCUGGUCAUUGCCUUGGCUUCUGUGUCUUCCUUCUUCCUCUUGUCUGUGCUGCUGUUUGUGGGAGUGAGGCUGUGCAGGAGGGCCAGGGCGGCCUCUCUGGGUGGCUGCUCUGUGCCUGAGGGACACUUUCCUGGUCACCUGGUGGAUGUCAGAGGCACUGGGACCCUGUCUCAGAGCUACCAAUAUGAGGUGUGUCUGACUGGAGACUCUGGAACCACAGAUUUCAAGUUUCUGAAGCCUGUUAUUCCCAACUUCCUUCUUCAGAGUUCAGAGAGAGAGAAUAAUACAAACGCCAGUUACAGUAAUAGUUUUGAGUUCAAUUAAAUAUUGAUGAGGAAAUACGGAGUCGAGUCUCGGCUAAAACGUUAAAGGCCUGAUUUUACUGCUUUGCCAGCUGAAGGAGUCUCUUUUCCUUUGAAAGUAACUAUCUUACUCCAAUCCUUUGCACAUUACUGGUAUUUCUAAAUAAGUAAGGUCUGUGGAAUAAGGAAUCUAAAUUUUGCUUGUAUUCCAAUUGUAAUUAGUCUUGUAGUUUUGUUUGACUUAUAAUGUGAGAGUAAAAUUUGUGUUUUCAGAAAUCAUUUUAUUUUUAGACAGGACCUCACUAUGUAGCUCCGGCUGUCCUGGAACUCACUAUGUAGACCGGGCUGGUCUCCAACUCACAGAGAUCCAUCCACCUGUCUCUGCCUCCUGGAUUAAAGGUGCAUGGAUGGCACUGUGCCCUGCAGAAAUAUUUGAAGUUUGAGUUAGAGCAUCAUUACCCAAAUUUAACUUCUCCAGUUCUGGCUUAUUCUAAAGUGCUGUCUAAAAUUGUUUUCUCUCAUUAUUUGAGUGGUAACAAUUUGCAGCCCAGACUAUUUGUUUUCAUUUAUUCUCUUGUUAAUAUAACAUUUAUCUUAUGAUCUGACUUGAAACUCUUUACACAGGUGUGAAUAAAUAUAAUAUUCUUUCCAUGUUUAUCUACACACAUAUUUUAAAGUAUCAGCAUGCAAAACUUAAAAUUUUUUAAAGAUUGUGGGAACCCUAAUUGUUGGAUUUCACAAAGUAUUCAAAUUGUAAAUGCAAAACAACCUCAAUUGAAAUUGUAUUUCUAUGAUUUUAAAAUUUAAAAAUUCUGAAAUAUCUAUGAUUUUUAAAUUUCCAUCUGUUCUAAACGAUGUAGCUAAAGGAUGUAUGCCUAGUGAUUUUCAAGGGCAUGAUAAUUUUUUAUGUUUUAUUUCAAAUAGUCUUUCAAAACUCUUGUGCUGAACUCAAUAUUUUUAAAUUUUUUUUUUUUUUUUGGUUUUUCGAGACAGGGUUUCUCUGUGUAGCUUUGCGCCUUUCCUGGGACUCACUUGGUAGCCCAGGCUGGCCUCGAACUCACAGAGAUCCGCCUGGCUCUGCCUCCCGAGUGCUGGGAUUAAAGGCGUGCGCCACCACCGCCCGGCCUAAAUUUUUUUUUGAGAAAAGGUCUCAUUGUGGUCUUGAACUUGUGACAGGUCCUCCCCCAUCCAGAGUGCUGGGAUUACAAGCAUUGCAUUAACAUUUCCAGUUAAUUAAACUACUCAGGACUUUAUUAUAAUUGAACUGUACACAACAGAGUAUGCUUUUAUCUUUUAUCAACUUAGAAAAUUUGUAUGUGGCUUGGUAUUCCAUUCUAAAAAUAUUUCCCGGGCAUUAAAGAUUUAAAUGAACAUAA